AUGGCCGGUCUAACCACCGCAAGUGAAAGAAAUAUCUAUUUUCAAAACAAUGUUGACAUUGUUUUGAAAGAGCAUCUGCUUUUAGAAGUUCUACAGAAUAUUCACUACCUAAAGAUUUCCAGAAAAAAAGAUCCUAUUAACUCUUUGGAUGAUAAGUCUGAAAGCAGACUUUAUGUCGAAAAUCUUGAUCUUAGAAUAUCGGAGGCUGCUCUUAUUAAAAUGUUUUCCCCCUAUGGGAAGAUUGUAGCUGAAGACUUCCUGUGGCACAUUCGUGGUCCUAAGCGUGGGGAGCCACGUGAUUAUGCUUUUGUCCAAUUUAGCACUAAAGAGGAAGCUGUAUUGGCCAAGGACAAGAUGCAUGAAAAAUUAGUCUGUGGGCGACCUUUGGUUGUUAGGCUUGCCAGCGAGAAAUAUUUUAUGAAAGAGGCUGAAAGCUCUUUUGGAGCUGGUGGUGAAACGAGUAAAUCAAACUUUGUUGCUGGCUCUUCAGCGCAAAUGAGCAAGACUGCCAAAAUAGCUGCAAUUAAGAACAAAUUGAAGGCCAUGGAAGAAGAGAACCAGAAUUCAAAAAGACCAAAAAUAGCAGACAAGCUCUCCGAUAGUUAA